AUGGGCCUUGAAUUCCUAGACAAUGCAACUUGGGUAAGUGAGUUUAUACUCAUGGGUCUUUCUAGUGACAAACACAUCCAAGCUGGACUCUUUGUCCUCUUUGGGGUCACCUACCUGCUGACUCUGCUGGGCAAUGGGCUCAUUGUCCUGCUGAUUGCCCUGGACCCACGACUCCACCUGCCCAUGUACUUCUUCCUCUGUCACCUGUCAGUGGUGGACAUCUGCUACACCUCCAGUGGGGUCCCCCAGAUGCUGGCACACUUCCUCAUGGAGAAGAAGACCAUCUUGUUUGCCCUGUGUGGGACCCAGCACUUCUUCACCCUGGCCCUAGGAGGAACUGAGUUCCUGCUGCUGGCUGCCAUGGCCUAUGACCGUUAUGUGGCUGUCUGUGAUCCACUUCGGUACACAGUGGUGAUGAGCCCAAGGCUCUGCAUGGGUCUAGCAGGUGUCUCUUGGUUUGUGGGUGUAGUUAAUUCUGCUGUGGAGACAGCAGUCACCAUGCGCCUUCCCACCUGUGGGCAUAAUGUUCUCAACCAUGUGGCCUGUGAGACACUAGCACUGGUCAGGCUGGCCUGUGUGGACAUCACCCUCAACCAAGUGGUGAUACUGGCCUCUAGUGUGGUGGUACUGUUGGUGCCCUGCUUCCUGGUCUGUCUGUCUUACACCUAUAUCGUGGCUGCUAUCUUGAAAAUCCACUCUACCCAGGGACGCCACAAAGCCUUUGGUACUUGUGCCUCCCACCUGACUGUGGUCUCCAUGGCUUUUGGGAUGGCCCUUUUCACACACAUGGAGCCCACCUCCACAGCCUCUGCUGAGCAGGACAAGGUGGUGGUAGUCUUCUAUGCUGUGGUCACUCCCAUGCUGAAUCCUCUCAUCUACAGUCUGAGAAACAAGGAUGUGAAGGCUGCCUUUAGUCGAGUUCUGAUGAAAAGCCUUGAGUCAAAGAAUUAG